AUGACUGGCGAAUCUCCCUUGCCGCAACCACCGUCGACGGCAAUGACAAGCACCACCGAGUCUUCGAUUCAGACACACUCUUCUCAUCAGGCAUCGCCCGUGUCCAAUUCCUACCUCAAGCGGAGUCUGCCUGACGAGUCCGCGCUCGAUGCCGAGAACAGGCGCAAGACGCCCAAGGUCAGUCGGGCUUGCGAUCUCUGCAAGGCAAAGAAAGUGCGCUGCUCCGGUACUCUUCCCUGCGACAUCUGCGAGCGAAAAAACCUCUCGUGUGUCUACAAUGCGAGAUAUGCGCGAGGCAAGCCGAGGACUCCUCCCGCCGCUGCCGACGACAACGGCUCCAACCCGCCGCGUCUGCUUGAAGCUGCUCACACUUCAGCCUCCAGAUAUGAAAGUAAUGGCUUCUCUCCAGCACUUCCAGAACGCAGCGUCUCUCACCUCUCGCCAGAACAAGAGGUGGUCGAGAAAGAUGCAUCACAGUCCCCCUCUUACAAGACGCUCUUCAUCUACAGAAUCUGGAAGCGCCUUGCUGACCGAGUUACUGAGGAUGCCCAUGAGUCUGGUCACAGCGUCCAGUCCCAAGUCGUCAUGACUGCCGGUGACAGACCCUUUGACGGCCCAAGACCAGACAGAUCUAGUCUGCCCGCUCCAGACAGAACCUUCCACGCAGAACUACUCGAGUACUAUUUCGACUUCUGUGUCGUUACCUACCGAAUCUUUCACCGUCCCACCGUAGAGGAUUGGCUCGAGACUGCCUUUGCAGAGUACGACCGUCACCGUAAUGGCUGGGUAGAGUCGAUCGGCCCUGUCAAGUCUGCAGUCAUCUUCGCCAUGUUUGCCAUUGCCUCUCUCCGAAAGCAGAAGAUUGCAAGCCUGUCACCGCGCGAGGAAGGCAAACCGUCGCCGCGCAGUGACUAUUUUUUCAACGCAGCUGCAUGGAUGACCGACUCGGAAAUGGGCUUCCCAACGCUGGAAUCUGUACAAGCUCGGUUGCUUCAAGUUCUUUAUCUCCUGCAGUCGUUGCGCAUGAAUGAAGCACGUUAUCUGUUUGGAAUGGUAGUGCAGAUGCAGUCAGCUUUGGGUUAUCAUCGGAAGGAGAGAGAAUACCGGCGCUUGGCGUUUGGCCUACCAGAAGACUACAUCAACACAGAAGUCAUGAAGCGUACAUUCUGGGUGGCAUAUACCAUGGACCGAUAUCUUGCAGUCGUGUAUGGCCGUCCUCGUCACUUUCCUGACGAAGAACUCAGUGCUGUGAGACCCGAUGCCGCCAACGACGAGGAAAUGACUGCGGCCGGCAACACAGGCCAGGACAACCAGGAAGACUCACACAUUGAGUCGUUGAGAGCCCACGCUGAAAUGGCACACUUUGUUGGACUGAUUACAAAGGAUGUUUACGCAGCUAAGACGGUCGCCACAAGCGAUCGCUGUAAACACGCUCGACGCUACUCGACCGCGAUGCAUGCUUGGCAGGAUAACCUCCCGCCUCAUCUUGGCAGCGUCAGGCCGUCAUUUCUGAUUCCAAGUUUCAAGCGCCAGUCCAUCGCUCUAAAGCUUGCAUUUGGCCACGCGCUCGUGUAUGCAAACAGACCAUUCCUCCUGUCGAAGCCAGCAUACGCCGACCACGGCGACAUCCAGAGGUGUGUUGAUGACUGUUUGGCCGGCGCACGUCAAGUGCUCGAUCUCUUCGAACUCAUGACCAAGGACCAGACUCUGAUCCAUGCCUACUGGUGGACCAGCUACGUCGUCUUCUCCGCUCUAUGUGUGGUCUACGUGUGGGAGAUUUCGCUGAGAACGCACCCGGACCGAGGUGUUACAUGCGUCAAACUCAAGGGACAGCGUGAUCUGUUUGACCUCGCGGAGACUGGGUUUACCCGUCUCUCCAGCGCUCCCGGUGCCGCAACGCCGAUACAGCGAUACAAGAUCAUAUUGGAGGAGCUUAGGAUGGAAGCCAGACAGCCCCGGGACGCGGCUCAGCCAGCAGGGUCGAAUCUCUUUAGUGGCUGGCAGACGAACGACUGGGUGGAAUUGGAUGCCUCUGUGUUUGACAGCUUCUCCGACAUUGUCAGGUGA